ACAGAAAUUUCAGCAGCUUUCAAGCUCUUUGAUAAAAACGGCAAUGGUCAUAUCUCAGUGGCGGAGCUCGGUGAGGCAAUGAAGCAGGCUGGGCAACAUUUGUCGGAAGGAGAGAUUAAAGACAUGAUUAAGGCAGUGGACCGCAGUGGUAUGGCUCUUUCCUUUCAUGGCGAUACUAUAAAUUAGCUGGAAGAAGGAAUGGAAGAAAGUAGCUUGCGAAAACAGCAGUCUCUCUGAGGGACGUUUGGCCAAGAGGGACGUCUGCGUCUCAGUGACAGAAAUUCCAUACUGAUGACGUAAAAUCUGUCCAGAAUCUGAUUAGUAGCUCUUAUUGGUCUGUGGAGUAGUUGUAUUGUCUUAGCUAUUGUUUACUAACGACAGACAAACCUGGACAAUUAAAGGUCAAUGAAACAAAAAAUUGAACAAAAUUACAUAUUUUGGAACCCCAUGACUUCCGGAUUUAUGUAAACAUUGAUUUACGUCGUCAGUAUGGAAUCGAAGAGGCGCGAAUGUCCCUUCCGGCGGAAGUUCCCUAGCUGCGAGGAGCGAGGAGAGAUGACAGUGAAGAAAGCCCACGCGCGAGGAAAAUGUAGCGCGAGGUACAUAGGCUACGUGUGCGCACUCAAUACUAGCGAACCCAAAAUCUCGCUGCGCACGCAUUCUCUUUUUACCUUUUUGAGUGGUUUACUGUGCAUUUACGAUAGCUCUGACCAUUUAUCAACUGGUAGGCUCUCUAAAGCGAAUGAAAAUUUAGGUGCUAUGAUAAAAAAAAAAGUGGUAGACGUAUUUGGAUGAAAUGAAUCUCAGUCCUAAAUAUCGCAGUAUAUAUUAUCAGUGGGUUUUUUUCGAGAACUUUAAUACGCAUUACUGGUAGUCAAAUUUUCAAAUGAGGAAGUUGCAUUGUAGAAUUCGAUGUGAAGAGCAAAAACGCUCCUGCACAAAAUUGCUCCUUUUUUAAUUUCCCUGCUGUACUUAACUCGUGACUUAGGGUGUAAUAAAAAAUGUAUUAAGCUUUACUGGUAGCAAGUUUAGUACCAAUGAAACCUUAAUAUAGAGAGCAAUGGAGAUAACACAUCAUCACAGGACCUGCAAUGAUAGCAGUUUUUUCUUAAAACUGAUGCAGCAAUCCUGUAUAAAUAUGUUUGAAUUAUUAUUGUUAUUAUUAUCAGUUGUGUGCUGAAGUUUAGGACUUGCAUGGGCCAAUGCUUCCUCAUAAAACAAAGCACGGCAACGCCUAGCUGGCUGUUUAAUCUGUCCCGUAGUUGGAUGUCGUGCCCUUUCUCAGCUUGCGCGCUUGUUAUCAUCAUUUGUUUUCUAUUCCAGGGAAUGGAAUGGUAGAAUACGCCGAGUUCGAAGACCUGAUGGCCAGUCAAAUCGAUGACCCAUUGGAAGCGGAUGAUCUCAAGUAUUAUUUUAAAAAAUUUGACCAAAAUGGGGAUGGAUUCAUUACAGGAGACGAAUUUGCUCUGGUGAUGAAGACUUUUGGAGGGAAAACCUACUCCAAGGAGGAAAUCGAUGAUGCAAUUAAAAGAGUAGACAUAAAUGCUGAUGGCAAAGUCAGUUAUGACGGUACGUUAUUGCUGAUUAUGCGUGAGUAA